AUGGAAGAAACAACAAUAAAAUACAAGAAAAGUUCUAAAAGCUCAAGUGUUAUCUCAAUGUUAGCAAUAUAAAGAGCAGACAAAACAUAAUCAAGUUUUCAAACAAUAGUAGGAAUAGUUAAUUCAAUGGUUGGAUCACUAUGUUUAGUAUUACCUUUAGUGUUUUUGAAUUAUGGAAUUAUAUCUUGCACCGUUAUAAUGAUAAUAUUGGGAUUUGUCCAAUAUAAUACUUGUUCUUUGCUAUUAUUGCAUUUAAAAAUUGAUGAAAUAGAUACUGAACAUAUGAUAAAGAGAAUUUUAGGAAAGACUUGGAUGUAAGCCUUUAGAUUUUGUUCAGGCACUUUAUUAUUCAUAGUUGGAAUAAUAUACUUCUAAUUAAUAAAUUUAACAUUAUACCCAAUAGUAACAUAUAUAUUGAGUUAUAAUGAUAUUGAGUUUGCAAAUGCUAGUGAAAAUUUAGUUUUUAAUAAGUAUUGAUUGGUUUAUAGCAUUUUAGGUAUUCAAUUUAAUUGUAAGCCUUAAUAGUCUUUCUUCCACUCUCAACAUUACUGUUAAUAAAAGAUAUUACAACAAUUGUCAAAAUAGCACAUUAUGGAGUAAUUGCAUUAUUCGCUUAUGGAAUUUUUAUUAUAUAUAUUUUUAUAGUGAAUUUAAGUAGUGAAGAUAUUUCUUAAAAAAUUGAAACAAUAAGUUUAUGGAAUUGGGAAUUUAGUUAGCCUGCUGGUUAAUUUGCUUUGGCUUUUAUGAUUCAUAAUGCAAUAGGAUAAUUGAUAAAAAACAAUCAAAAGAAAGAAAAUAAUUCUAGAGAUUUGGCUAUAGCUUAUUUGAUAGCAGGCAUAAUAUAUGGAAUAGUGGGAAUAUUUGGUUCAAUUGGGAUUCUGGUAAUAUAUAUUAAUUUAAUAUAGGGUUGUGAUAAUGUAAAUAAUGCAUAAACUAUAUUGAAUUGUUUUAAGAGUUCAGAUAUUGAAAUAAUUAUAAUAGAGAGCUUAUUUUUAAUUCAUUUGGUUACAGCAUUUCCUAUAUUUAAUAAUAUAAGCAAAUAUUAAAUAUUGGAAGUAAUUUAUCAUAAGAGAGAGCCACCUAAACUAGUAUAUUGGGGAUUUAGUAUAUUUUUUAUGGUGCUCUGUUUAAUAAUUCAAAUUUUAAAUAUUCCAGUAGGGGUAGUAAUUUCAUUUGAUGGAGCAGUUUGUGGAUUCCUAUUGGUAUACAUAGUUCCAAUAAGUUUGCAUUUGAAAUGUUAUUAAACACAAAAUAAGAUAUCUUUGAUAGGAGAUGAGGAUGAUGAGAUUGAUAAUGAAGUUAAGUGUGUGAAUCAUAAAGAUAAGAAUGCAAUCCCAAUGGCUGUUAGGAUUGGAUUUUAUACUAUGAUGAUGGGAAUAGGAAUAUACAAUUUAAUUGUAUAAUUUUAUGAUAUAUUUAAAUCGUGA